AUGUCUAUGAUGUAUCAAUUGAUCAAUUUCCAUUAUAUUAUUUUGAUUGAAAUGCAAUAUUUUAUAAAAAUCAUGAUAUUAUUAAUUAUUGAAUAUUACAUUAUUGAAACAGGUCUCAAACAUUUGGAUUAUGAUCUUAUUAGAUUUGCUAUCAAUUGUUUGACGUAUUAUUAUCCAGGAUUACUUUUUCAUAUGUUGGUCUAUAAACUUCCAUAUAUUUUACAAGUAGUUUAA